AUGAAGAUCGCCGUCGGGUUUCUCGUUUUGGCCAUGCUGGCGGUAUACAUAGUGGACGCUAAACGGAACCGUCAAGCAGCAGCAGAAGAAGAGGAGUACGACGACGAUAUGGACGGAUUCUUUGGAUUACAAAAAGCUUGGAUGAAGAUCUACGUGAAAUGGAAAAGUCGUGUACAAAAGCGAACGACAACGAAGAAAUCUCGAAUGACUACUACAACCGCGAGGAAAACAACCACCAAAUACACAACAACUACCGCUAGGACUACAGUGAAAACAACAGUAACAACACCAAAAAUAACGACUACUACAGCGAAACUAACUACUACUACAGCCAAACCAACUACUACGACACCGAAAGCAGCUACUACGAUAGCAGCUACAACAACUACUAAGGCCACGACGACUCCUGUGCCGACUACAACUACUAAGCCAACGACUACUUCAACAACGAUCCCAACGACGACGACCAAACCAACAACGACAUCUACUACCCUGCCAACCACCACUACUUUGCCAACUACUACUACUAAGCCCACAAUUGCAACCUCUACUGUACCGACUACGACGGCUCCUGCGCCAACUACGACUGUACCGACUACGACUUCUGUACCGACUACGUCGACUCCUGCGUCGACUACAUCGACCACAGUGCCGACUACUACAGCAAAGCCAACAACGGUUUCUACAACAGCUCCGGCCACAACAACAACAGCUCCGAUCACAACAACAAUAGCUCCGAUCACAACAACAGCAGCUACGUCAACAACAACCAAGCCAACAGUCGCUGCUGUAACGUUGCCUACUACAACUUCACCACCGUCUACUACGACGUCCAUACCCACGACCUCUACGGUAUCGACAACCACUGUGAAACCAACCACAACUGUGAUUACAUCCCCUACAACAACUGCGCCUCCUGCAACGACUACUGCAACAGCGACCACCACUACGUUGCCAACUACUAUCACGACUCCUCUGGUCAAUAAAUUUGCACCGAUGCCUCUCGGUGUCGUUGGCACGACGACAACGGCCAAGGUCAGUACUAUCCCUAUUGUGAAUAACAUGCCAUAUACUGCUUCAAACACAAAAUCUGAUGAUCCUUUUGCUUCCGGGGGAACGUCGGCCUCGAUGAUCAUGGCACCCUGUCUGUUACAAACAUCAACUUCACCGGUAUUCGUCACCGACAGAGCGACUACUCCUACGACUAUGGUGACUACCCCAGCUACUAAGGACGAGAUUGAGCCAGUAUUGCAAGAAUAUUAUGAAGACUCGUACAACGACGAAGAGCUCAUGGUCUACCUAGACGGACCAGGUGUUGAGGAAAUGAAACAGAACAAUGACAAAAACAAGAACAUAAAUAACAACAGAAACAAGAACAGGAACAAACAGAAGCAGAACAAGAACAAAAAUAAUGGUAAUCAUUUUGGGGUCAAUAAAAAAUCGAUUAGAACGGAGUCGCACUAG